AUGUCCGCAAAGAAUGUGCAGGGAGGCAAUGGCAAGAAGCCUGCCUCCGCCGCCGUAAACCUGAUCGCUGGCGGUGGUGCCGGUAUGAUGGAGGCUCUUGUCUGCCAUCCUCUAGAUACCAUCAAAGUCAGAAUGCAGCUGUCGCGACGGGCCAGAGCUCCCGGUGUAAAACCCCGUGGAUUCGUUGCCACCGGUGUUGAGAUCGUGAAGAAGGAGACCGCUCUGGGUCUGUACAAGGGUCUUGGUGCCGUCCUGGGCGGUAUAAUUCCCAAGAUGGCUAUCCGGUUCACCUCGUACGAGUGGUACAAGGAGAUGCUCGCGGAUAAGGAGACUGGUGCCGUUUCGAGCAAGGCUACUUUCCUCGCCGGUCUUUCUGCUGGUGUGACUGAAGCCGUGGCCGUGGUCAACCCCAUGGAAGUCGUCAAGAUUCGCCUGCAAGCACAGCAUCACAGUCUGGCGGACCCUCUCGAGACCCCCAAGUACCGGAGCGCGCCCCACGCCCUGUUCACCGUCAUCCGGGAGGAGGGAUUCAGCACCCUCUACCGUGGUGUCUCCCUGACCGCUCUUCGCCAGGGUACCAACCAGGCCGCCAACUUCACCGCAUACACCGAGCUCAAGGCUUUCCUCCAGAGAAGCCAGCCUGAAUACAGCAACUCGCAGCUCCCCUCGUACCAGACAACCCUCAUCGGCUUGAUCUCCGGUGCUGUCGGUCCCUUCUCGAACGCUCCCAUCGACACCAUCAAGACCAGACUGCAGAAGACCCGCGCCGAGCCCGGCCAGUCAGCCAUCAGCCGUAUCAUGGUGAUUGCCAAGGACAUGUUCAAGCAGGAAGGUGCGCGCGCUUUCUACAAGGGUAUCACCCCUCGUGUGAUGAGAGUUGCUCCUGGUCAGGCCGUUACCUUCACUGUAUAUGAGUACGUGCGCGGCAAGCUUGAAGCGUCCAACUGGGCUUUUGUCGGUGGCUCUUUUGAAGAAUAA